AUGUCUUGGAUGAAGCGGGCGCAGGGUGGGCCUCCCUCGACGCCUCGCCCGGGGCCCGAGCAGCUGCAGUACAAUUCGGGCCAGCCAUAUGGUACCCAACAAAAUGUGUACCAGAACUAUCAACCUGGCCAAACUGUACAACAACAACAAACCUGGCCAGUGCAGAACCAACAGCAGCAAUAUAACCAACAAUAUGGCCAAGUAUAUCAACAACAAGCAUUUGGCAACAAUCCUAACGAGUUUUACCAACAAUAUAACCAGAAUUAUACCAAUCAAAAUUAUGAUCAAAUGCAACAGGCUACAGGGUAUCAACAAAAUUAUUACCAGAACACUCAACCUCCACAACCUAUUUAUUCACAAAAUGUUCCAAAAAACGAUGCCUGGGAAGACAAUUGGGGCUGGGGUUGGGAUGAAGCAUCUAAGCAAAACCAAAAUAAUGUUAGCCAGGCACAGCCUCCCGUGCAAGCUGCACAAGAACCUGUGUUAAAUCAAAAUGCUAAUAUUAUUGAAGAAAGUUUUUCAGCUACUGAUAACUGGAAUUGGACUAUGGACAAUAGAAGUGAUAUCAAAGAACAGAACACUUCAACAGUGCCUUCAGGUUCCAGUAGGGAGAAAAUUGCUGCUGUUUUUGCCAGUUCAAAUCAGACAGGUGCAAAUGUAAUCUCAAAUAGAAGCCAAGAGAAUUUAAAUGAUGUGCGACCCCAGUCCAAUGCUGAAGAAGUAAAAACACUGAAUGAUAGAGAAGUAAUUAAAGAGGAAAUGCCUAACUUGGCAUUGGGGAAAAGACUUCACUUAGAGAACUUGACUCCCCAAUGGUCUAUUGAGUCACAAAUGUCUCAGGAUUCAAGUGAUGGACCACUUACUCACUCUGAAGAUACACAUAGUGCUCAAACCAGUGAAAAUCCCUCUAGAAAUUCUGGCAAAAGCAGUCCAGGUCCUAAUACAGAAACCAAAAGCUUUAAUUAUUCACAAACUCUUAGCGAGGUUACAAAUCAAAUUAGUGAAUUUACAAAGUCUAUAGAACAACAAUCACUGUCUUUAAAUGAUGUCAAACCAGAAAUUAAUAAUGACCUUUCUCAAUCUAUGAGUGCAAUGAAUAUAAGUAGACAUGAUCCUUACGAAGAAAAUAUUGACAGUGGAGCUAGUGAUACUUUCCAUUUCAUGCCACCAACUCAGAUGCCCUCCCAGAGUGUCAAUCAGACUCACUCACCCAUACCCCCAAAUACAAAUUCUAACUCGAGGCAGUCCCCAAUGCCUGCUUCGUCGAACUUGAAACAGAGACAAUCACCCAUGCCUCCUCCACCUCCAGUAACAGCUACUAUUCAAACUCCAGUACCUCCUGUAUCAAUUCAAUCUGUUAACCAACCCCCUCGGAGCACUAAUCCAUCUUUACCAUUAACUUCCCAAACUUCAUCCUUACCUCAUCCAAAUACUUCUAUGGCACCACCUAUAAAUUUUCCACCAUCUACAUCUAAUCCCUUCAAACAUGCUGGACCAUUUUCACACAAAAGUAAUGUAAAACUGCCCCACAAUAAUUCAUUGUCAACUGCCCAGGCUCCAAUUGCUAAUGCAGCUGGUCUAGUGUCCCCUGCCGUUGUUAACAAGGUGUCUCAUGAAAGAAUAUCUGUUGGAUAUGGGGCUAAUUUGGAAACUACGCCAGAUAACUCAGAAAGACCUGAUCAACCCCAUACUGGGUUAUAUAGACCAACUUCUGUCCCCCAACAAGUGCCUGAAAAUCUAGAAGUGGCUCCACAGAAUGAUAGGAAUGAGUAUUUACAAACAGCUCAUCUGUCAGGGAGUGAUUAUGGAGAGAAUACUGAUUUUAGUCGACCACCACCUCCUGGUCCACGCAGGAUGGGCGUUGGCCAACAGGAAGUCGAAUAUAACCAAGGUCUUAAUAUAUCUGGCGAAGAGCCGCCUCCUGGUCUCGCUCGCAUGGUUCCUGGCCAACAGACAGAAUCAGAGAGCAUUUACAAUCAGUCAAGCGAAGCAUAUAUGGAUCGGCACAUCGAUGGACAACCUACAGAUAACAUUGUCAGACCAUAUCGACGCGUAGACGGUCAAGUGACGUCCGACGAUUACGCUCAACUUUCGGCGGGCAGAGGUGGAGAGAGGAGGCCAGUUGGACUUGACAGAAUGGUGCCAGGAGAGCCUAGCAACGACGAAUAUUCACAAUUCCAAAACACGAACUAUAGCGGCAGUAACGAUCAACGCGUGGUGACGGGUGUGGACAACGACUUCCCCGUAAUAUCUGGAGGAGGAAUGUCCGAAGUCCGCGAACAGAACGUCGACGGCUCAGAUUACACUGAACAGAACCCAAGGACCAACGCCCGGAAUUUGAUAGGAGCACAUGAAGCUAGCAACAAUACUUCCCCAGAGUUCAAUGUAUCCCUUGAUGAUCACCAGAGGGAGAUAACAAUGGAGGGGGAAAAUUUACAGGACCUAAGCGUAAUCUCCUCGGCCGACUUGUCUUUUAGGGAGCAUGCUUACGAUAACGCUAACGUCAAUCUCGAUUCCGGGAUUGAAAGGCACGAAGCUGUGUCUGAAUACCAGGCGAACGAUUCCGGUAGACAGUCGCAGAAUCGAAGCUCCGGGGAAGAUUCUGACGGUGGAAGAGGAUACAAAGCAUCGCCGCGGAAAGAUCUCGAUAAACAUAAAACGUCGAGAGAACGCGAUAGAGACUCGCGGUAUUCGAGAGACGACCGAAAAUACGAACGAGAUUUGGAACGACGGCCGGCUGACGAGAGGCGUUCGGAGAGAGGAGAGAGAGACAGGCGGGACCAGAAAAGAGAUGGUGACAAGCCGCGACGCGACAGAGACGAAAGCCCGGACACGCGCAGACAUAGGCGCAGUGUGCGCAGUCGACGCUACGAGACAGAGGACACGGACUAUUACAGCGAUAGAGACAGGGAUCGUAGACGAUACCGCGAAGGUUCAUACACUUCUUCAAAGCCACCGCGUGCGGACGACAAGGACAGGAGAUACGAUGAGAGGCGGCGCUACAACACGAUAGAGCGAGAGAGGAGGCACGAGGAAGACCGAGAGCGGAGGCGGCAUCGAGACCGCUACGAACGUCGCUACAGGGACAUCGACCCUGCUAGAAAGGGAGGUACUUUGCGCCGAGAGAGACACGACGACGAGAAAAGGAGAGGCGAUACAUAUUCGUCGGGGUCUCGAGCUGGUUCUCGUGAGGCCACCGCCACUGAUGAAGACCCGGAUGAGCCCAGGCGCCCUAGAGAAGAGAGGAGAAGGCACCGAACGAGGCCAGACCCGGCUUAUGAUGAAUAUGCCGGCGAUCCAUACGCGAUGCAGCGUCAACAGUACGAGUAUUAUGAGAGACUGCGGCGUAGUGACCCGGCAGCCUAUAUGCGAAUCUACAAACAGAUUAUGGCCGGAGCCCUCCAUCAGCCGGCUUAUGCCCCUCAUCAUCGUUAUCCAGGUUACGAGUUACUGGGCGAGGAAAGGGGUAGCGUGCAUUCUGGACACUCCAGUGCAAACGGCUUAAAAGGACAUGACGCGUACUACGGAUCAGCGGGUGGCCUAUUGCGCGCGCCGCCGUCAUUCCGCACUGGUUUCUCAGACAGAGAAGUGACGACAGACGCCUCUCUCAACCUUCAACUGGAAGAGUCAACAAUUCGAUCGGAGCGAAUGACCCCCUUCAAGUACUCGACUGCUCAUAUUAAGGGUUCGCUCGGUGCUGGAGCCCUAGUGGUGGUCCGCGCCGCUUACCCUGCUGAUGGAAGACCAGCUCCAGUGCGUCUCUUACCGUUGGCUUCGCUACUGGCUGCCGAUCCUUUUACCCAAGAGCUGAACUCGCUACCAGGGCCUCUGGUUACAGGUGUAACUCACAAGAAGAGUGUGAUAGAGUAUUGCAAAGCGCGCAUCAAGUCCGCCGAGGGGCGGGGCGAAGCGCAACGUGACGUCACCGGGUACGUCCUUGUCUGGGAGCUACUGGCAUUGCUGUUGCGACAAAAUGGGGUGGUAAUGGGUUCGGAUAUUGCUGAGCUGCUGAUGAAGAACACGAAGGAGUACGAGCACAGAGUCCCCUCAGUUGAUAGUGGACCUUCUGGAUCCUUAGCCGCGUCCUCAGCAAGUCUGAAUUACGAGGAGGAAGCCGCUGAUGUCCAGAUCACUCCACCUCCACCACCACCAUGUCCUGCUGAAAUGGAAAGUGUCGUAGAUGAAAAGCAGGCCGUGGAAAAGCUUCGUGAACUCCUCGUGUGUGGAAGCCAACAAGAGGCGCUCGAAUGGGCAAUGAACUCGGGCUUGUGGGGCCACGCCCUCCAGCUGGCGGCUUACAGCGAGCGUCGUGUCCGUGCUAGCGUUUGCGCACGAUUUGUGUCGUCGCUGGCUCCCGCUGACCCAUUACACACUCUCUACGCUACUAGAGCUGCACGUGCGCCACCUGCUGCUACUUGUGUCUCGGAGCCCCGAUGGGGUGACUGGAGGCCCCACGUGGCCAUAUUACUCGCGAACCCGUCGAGCAAACCCGAUCAGGACAGAAAAACCAUUACACAGUUUGGCGAUACUCUAGCGGCGCGCGGUCUACUCUACUCUGCGCAGUUUUGCUAUCUGACAGCUGGUGUACCCUUCUCCCCUCACCCUCUUGCACCUUAUUCGGCGCCGACUCAAGCCACGCCCACUCUGCCACGCCUCUCGUUGCUAUUAGCAGAUGGCAAAGCAAGUUUCCUAUCGCACUUCGCCACAAACCAGGCGAUAUUUGCGACAGAGAUAUACGAGUACGCUAUCUCGCUCAGUCAGGAAUAUAUCAUCAACGAGUUGCAGGUAUACAAGUUCCUCUUAGCAACGCGGCUAGCGGAAUGCGGGGAAUGCGAACGCGCUUUGCGUUACACCGAGCAAAUCGGCCGAGCGGUUAUAGCGAACGCGAACCACUUCCCGAAUAAGUUCGUCACUGCGCUCGCAGAACUCGCUGAAAGGUUAAAAUAUCACGAUCCGUCGUUCGGCGCUGAUGUGGCCAGCGAAGAGGGUCCCGGUGGAGAAGACAGUGGUCAACCAUCGCCACGACACCAUCUUUGGAUUCAAGAUGUGCGCAACAUCGCUAUGGCCGAGGCUUCGCAACAGGUGACGCCACAACACCAACCGCAACCGGAGCCCUACCAUCAUGAACAUAACUGGGCAGAGCAGACACUUCAAGCGCAACCCGAUUACCCGGAACUGCAACAACCACAUUCACAGGAGACCACACAACUUCCACAACAGCAACAAGACUACAGCCAGUACUACCAACAAACUGACCCUGCUGCCGUACCCGCGUCUGCACCAGACAAUGACUACACCUAUGGGGGUGGGGCCGAAGACUACACUUACGGUGGUGGAGAUUGGGUGCGCAGUGACGGUACUCAGUACGCCGAUCCUUACUGGAAGGGGGAUUCCACUUACCAAUAUGGAGAGCGCGCGCGCGGGUUGCGGCGCCGCGGCCCUCCCGCACCUCGCGCCGCCCGUCCAUCGCCGCGCCCCGCCCUCAGUGCGGGUGAUUCGCCGCUCUUCCGGCCGCUCGUCUUUGGCGGGACGUAUCCGAUUGACGAGCCCUGUGACCCGCCCACUUCUGAAGAAGACGACGCCGCAGCGGAGGGUCCUGACGAAACGGAGCGUCUACGGGACACGAUGCGCAUAUUUGAGACAAUGCUCGCCCGCCGCGCAAACAUGUACCGCCGUGGGUACCGGAGGGGUGGUGCUCGAUCCCCCCAGACGUUUGAUAUAGAUGAACCCCUUGACCCGACGGACACGCCCUCCCAAGCCUAUUUCAGAGAGAGAGAUGCGAGGUACUACGUCGCCGGGCCCAAGACCUUUGAUAUAGACGAACCGUUCAUCAUCGAUUAA